UCUGUUGAGAAAAAAAGAAGAAAAAGGUUCGAAUGAGAAAGAAUAGAAAAAGUUAAAUUAACCAGGAACCGGGUAACAUUGAUCUUCUGUUUUGAUUUGGUAGAAACCAGCUGUUUCUGCGGAACAACGAACAUCGGAACAGUCGAGUCGAAAUUAUGUAAAGAGCCGUGUCCAGUUUUAAAUCCCGAUUUUGUUUUCGGCCGGUAGCUGACUGUCAACGGAUCGAGUCAAUUCUCUGGGACGAUUUUCAUUUGGCUGUUUUUAAAGAAGAAUCCGCCCUGACUUUCGACCCCGGAGGGAGUAACGUGCCAUCCGACUGCCGAUAAAUAAUUACACACCGAUCGAAUUAUUUAUUUUUUUUCUUCCGUUUUCUUUUGUUUUUUCCCAAUUCCCUUUGGGAUUUGUCGACUGUUUUCAACGGCGAAUUCAGCAAAAGCAGCCCGGCUCGACGAAAAUGAAAUGAAAUUGUCGUCUGUUCGUUCGAAAAAGGAUGAUGCCAAAAGGACCGUCGAAAAGGACUCUUUCGUCCGAAUGUGUGAUGUAGUAAACUAUAUGGCUCACUUUCAUCCACUGAGUUAGUAAACAAUCAUGUUAAUUUGAUUGUUAAUUUACCAUGGCCGGGAAGGCAAUAAUGACAUGCAGGCCAAACUCACAUCCUUUCCAGGAGAGGACAUUAAAUCUCGAGCAGCCUGUAAAAAUUGGCAGGUCCGUUGCACGCACUCGACCUGCUCCCAACAAUGCACUAUUUGAUUGUAAAGUCCUAUCCAGGAAUCAUGCCAUGAUUUGGUAUGCCAAUGGAAAGUUCUUUUUACAAGAUACAAAGAGCAGCAAUGGAACUUUUGUUAAUAACCAAAGGCUUAGCAAAUCAGGUGAUGAAAGCUCUGCACGAGAAGUCUCCUCUGGCGACAUUGUGCAGUUUGGCGUAGAUGUCUUAGAAAAUAGCCGUAAAGUUACUCAUGGAUGUAUCGUAGCAAUUUUGAAACUCUACUUGCCUGAUGGUAAAGAAGCAAAAGCAAGUGAGUCAACUACAGAAGUGGUCUUUUCAAAUAGAUUAAUAAAUGUUGAAGAUUUGUAUGAACUACACCAUUACUUGCAGGAUGCAAUUCAACGAGAACAUCUCCUUGAAACAAAAUUGCUAGCACUUCAAGCAAUUUUAAACAACAUUAGGAAAUCUGCCGAUCAAGGAUGGAAAGCUUUGAUAGCAGAAGACAGCCUUUUAACACGUGUUGAAGCACUUGAAAAUCAGCUCCAGUUAUAUUCAAAGACUUUUGGCCAGGACAAAUUGAAAGAGGACCUCCAAAAAUUACAAGAGGACAAAACUAAUUAUCAAAGUACAACUAAACUAUUCUUGAAAAGGAUUUUAGAUGAAAAACUUGAUACUGAAUUAAAAUGUGAUGAGGUUAAAAGGUCUUUAAUAAAUUUGGAAACACAGUGCAGUAACUUAUCAGAGGAACUUUCCAAAAGCUAUUGCCAUAUACAAGAUUUAGCUCAAAAGUUAAGCACCCAAAUGGUACGAAAUGAUGAAUCUGUGGCAAAACUACAGGAGCUUGAAGAGCAACACACCGAGGCGCUUAGCAAAUUGGAGAAUAGGAACCAAGAAUUGGAAGAGUUAUUGGCCAGGCAGCAGCAGCAAGUCACAGUAUGUUUUGACCGGACGAUUGUCAAUAAUGAAAAAUCAUCUUUUGAACACCAGCCCAAGUCUAUAGGUGAUAUCGAGAUCGAUGAAGACACUAAUAAAGAAAACAGGAUAUCAAAUAUCACCAAUGAUGAAUUGCAACAGUUAACAAAUUCUUUAGAAAAAGAAAGGAAAUGUAAAGAAGUUCUUGAACUCAUUAUGGCACAAAGAGACUUGCUUCAAGCAGAAAAGCAUGCCCGACUUCAACAAAUAAAUAGUCUUCAAGAUGACUACGAUGAAUAUUCUUUGAAAAAACAAGAUGUGGAGGAUGAGUGCAAAAAAGUUGAAGCAAGCAUUGAAUCACUCGAAGCGCAAGUAAGGAGCUCUGCUGACAGCUUUUCAUCAGAAACUUUAUCGAUGGAUGAAAAAGGAGAGAGCCAAAAGUUGACCAACGGGCGAGACGAAUCUCUUGAAGCUAAAAUUAAAGAAUUAAAAGCUAUUUAUUAUGAAGCUAAAGCUAGCAAAGGUACAUGUGAAAAUAAUAUGAGCAUAUUGAAAGAAGAUAUAAAUCUGGCGAAAGAUAGCCUUAGUAAAACAUCUGGUAGUUGUCUAAUCACUCAAGAAAAAUUGGAAAAAGCCCAGAAAGAUUAUGAAGAAUGUUACCUUAUAUCGCAAUCUUUGACAGAGCAGGUGAAAUUGAAAAAUCAGUACAUUUUUAUGGAAGGGGCAGAACGGGAGGACUUUCAAAGUGGCGAUGGACCUCGAAAAGUAGUUAAUGAAAAUUCAGAAAAAACUUUAGAUGAAAUUGAACAAGUUGGCAAACAAAACAGAAAUGAUUCUUCACAUGUUCGAGCUAAGAUGAUCAUGUCAGAUGUUGAUUCUGUCUGUGAGAGUAAUAAAAUCCUCGACGAAUUACAUGUCGUUCAAGAAGAGUAUCUUUCAUCACAGAAAAAAAUAGCAGUCAUGGAAUCGGAAAUUCUUAAUUUAAAGGAAGAUUGCAGUCGGCUGUCAUCCGAAAAGGAACUUCUCGAAACUGAGUUUCAAGCCAUAAAGUCCAAUCAAAAUGUUUCUUCUGAUAGAGAUGAAUUGUUUGCCAAGGUUACCACUCUUGAAGAAAAGUUGGUAACUCUUGCAUCCCAGUAUAUGAAGUGUAAUGAAGAACGUGUUGCUCUGUCUCAAAAGUUGGCAUCUACUUCAUUAGAAUGUGAUGCUUUGUCCCACCAAUCUUUCUUUAAUUUGGUUUUUGCAUUGCCUUGUAUGCUGUUGUUUUUGGCUUUAGCCAUCAUAUCUUACCCAACACUGAGUCAUUAUUUGGGAACUGCUGAGUAAGUUCCAGAGGACCAACCAUUAUCAGAAUUUAUCAAUAAAUGAAUCUUCAAUACUGUGAUUAUACUACCUGAAUUAACAUGCUUAUAAUAGUUUGAUAAAUUGUAUAAAAAAUAAUAAUUCUUAUUUAUUAAGUUCUGUUUACUAUUAUGUUAUAUAUUUUUGUAAAUAUGCUAUAUUAUUUAUUCAUCUGUAUAAACAAAAAGCAUUGCCAAAUUGUCAUUACUUGACUAUCUACUAUAUUUAUAUGUGUACUAAUAUUAAAUAACAGAUUAAUUUAUAAUUCUAUAAUUUUGUAUCAGCUUAUAUUUUUAGAUAUUAGAUGUUUUUCAGUAGUACAAAAUGGCUCCAUCUCAGUUUAACUGACCACUGAUUUUCUUUUUCUUUUUUUAAUUUGCAAUUCUUUGCAAAAUGUUAUCAUUACCUACUAUUCUACAUUUCAUGCUUAUAAAUUGUUUUCUUUUAAGGUGUGCGAAUAUUAGCAUCGAACUUUUGUAUUCAUAUCCUGUAUUGUCAUUAAAGUUAUAAUAAUAGAGGAAAUACAAUCAAUAUUUUCUUAUGAGAUGAGUAUAUCUGAAGUUAAAUCUUACAAUUGUAUGGAUUAUUUUUUUUUUUUUUUAUAGUAAAUGAGAUGAGCUAAGUAAAGAUUAAGUAUACUUUUAUUGUUAUAUACUAUUCUUUUCAUUUAUGUUGUAUCUUAUGAUUAAGAAUUUGAUUUAUGAAGGCAAAUUCACUGUUAAAAAUUGUUGAUGCAUAGGGUGUAGGCUAAUUGAUUAUUAUUAUUAAUUAUUAUUGAUUGUACAAUAAGUGAUAAUUGCAAUUUGGAAAAUCACAUUUAUAUUAACUUCUAAUAAUAGUCGCAAAAUCAAUUAUUCGUGGGUGUAAAGUGUCAUUUUAUUUAUGCUAAAUCAAAAGUAUAUUUGUUUAUUUUUGAAUGAAGCUUGGUCAUCCCGAAUCAUUCAGGUCUUUCUUGUUGUGUGCAUCAGUAUAUUUGUUUGUGUAAGCAUUACUUUUUUUUUAAUCCCUCCCUAAUAUUCUAGUCAAUGAAGACAUUUCUUUUUAUUUAUUUAUUUUUUUUUUUAUAUACAUUAUCUGAAGAAAAAAAUUAUAAAUAAUACUGUUACAUUUUGAUUGGCCUAAUGUUUUUUAAUUGUAUAUAAUUAGUUUCAUUUACUGAUAAUGUUAUUAACAAUAAUUCAAUCCAUCUUGUAUUUCUUGUAUCCUUUGGUGUCAGUUUAGGUAUAUUCCGUUUUCUUCACACUCCAUGUAUAUAAUUGCUCACCAUUGAAUACAUAAAACAUGCGAAUUUGUUUUGUUGGAUUUUUAUAUUUUCUCAAGGCUGAAAGCAUUUAUGUUGCGAAUAUACAGUUAUAUAUUAGUAUUGUUGGUUAUUUAUUUUCUUUUAGAACUAGGGUUUUUUUUCUAUUGAUAGGUCGAACUGUAGGAAUCCCUUGUUAUCAAUGUGUAGUGUUAAAAGUUAAGAACUGUUUCGUUUGUACAUUGUACAUGAAAAUGCCAUAUGUAUAAAUUAGUGAUACAGACAAUAUUCGCACACCACCUCAUGUUAAUAAUAUCACAACUAAUUUUAUUAAUAUUCGAAAAAUUACUUGUGAAUAUCAUUAGCCAGAACCUACUGUAAAUUUUAAAUGUAUUAAAUGUAAAUUACUUUUGUGUUACUGUACUUUGUACCGGCCAUAACUGAACAAAUUAAAAUUAUGUAUAAAAU